AUGGGAAGAGGCCACGCACAUGACCGCGUCAAGUACAAUGAAACUGCGCCAAGAGCAAGAUUAGUACGAAACUGUCCCUAUCAACUACGUUCUCAUCAACAAGAUUUAAACAACUACAUUAGAAAUAUGGAGCGCGAUCAGCAGCAGGAUGCGGUAGAUCUGGAGCAAGGUCUCUUGCAUGGUCACCGGGGUGGUGGCGGGGGAGAUCCCGAUGGAGGUCGCUACACUGGUUUUCUCGGGUAUUUGUUGGCAAGAGUCCAGGGUCAGCCCACCGUCGAGGAGCUCGAGAUGGCGCGUGAAAUCAAGUGCCUGGUUGGCCUUCCUUAUGACGAGGGGAACCCAAGGCACGGCGCGGACCUGUUGCAGUUCUAUGAGUUUUUGUACCCAGCAGCAGCGGAAGAUGAUGAAGCAGGACGAGAUAAGGGAGCCGGAACUUCUACCGUAAAUGAUCUAAAUGCAAGAGGCGCACAGAACCAGAUGAACACAACAAGCAGCAGCAGCGGCUCUCGCAAGAAGAUUCAACUAAGGGACGAAAGAUGGAAAAAGGUCGGGUUUCAGUCGACAAAUCCGGCAACCGACUUUCGAGGGGGCGGGAUUUUGUCGCUCUACUGCAUGAUGUACCUAGCUGAAAAGUACGGCGAGGAGACGCGACGCAUGAUUGCAGAAUCGCAGCAGGAAGAAAGUUAUCAGCCACAAAUUAUGUAUAAAUGUGUCUUGAUCUGGAACAGUGCAUGAAGUUUCCAAGCGCUUUUCCUGUUUGACACUGCCGCCAACAAGAAAAUUAAUUUCUGUAUGAUACGCAGAUAGAACAGAAAAAUACGCAAAUCAUACAGUGAAAACGCUGUAUACGCAGAUAGAAAGAAUAAGAAUAGCAAGCUCUGCUGCUUCGGAGGCGUGUCCAUGUCCCUGCCUAGAAGCCUGCGUUGCAAACGCAGCUCACUUGAGACGACAAAGAUAAGAGCUGACCUUCUUUUGCUGACUGUUUGUGUGUUUUUCAUUUUCUUUUUGUAUACUACUUUGCAUCAGUUCCAGAGCGAGCAAGAUUUGCUUUGCAAAACAGUUUUUACCUGUUUGCCUGCGCCUGUAUCAACGUGACCGUACAGCUGAUCUUCUACCUGAAGCUGGAAACCCCGGAGAUGGUCUACCAAGGCUGCGACAUCCCCGUUGCACCCGUCGCGACGAAAAAAAAAGUCAUGCACGCGCUCUCCGAAUCACACUAUCAAGCGCGCGGUACGGUCUGGGAAAAAGAAAUGUUUUGCGUCAACGUGCUGCCAGCAGGACCCAAAAAUGUGCAUGUAUCUACAGCGAUUGACUAGAAAGCCGAUGCUUUAUCAAUCUGGCUGAGUUGAUAAUCAUACGCUUUAUUUUUAAUUUUAUAAUCUUAAGCCUAACCUUACUAUUGCACCUACACCACCGGGAAGAACUUUCUUGUGUUGCAGUUGCUGUUGCUUAUGUUUGCAGAGCAAAUGUUCUUACGUGGUAAGGUUAGUUGCAGGGAUGUUGUGAAUUUCUUAAAGCGCGUUGCUCACACCAGCCUGUAUAACGUGAUACAGCAUGGUGUGCUAUACUGUUUUGUAGAGAAACUGUAGAGAAACGAAAACUAUUACUAUUUUGCAUAUUUCGUUGCGUAAUGUCACACUCCGUGCAUCGACGACAGCAGCGGAUGUAUCUUGUUGGUUACUCUUUGACGCUGUUAUCCUUUCAUUGACUACAGCACCGUCGGGCAUAACGUUAAUCUGCAUGGUAUGGCGUCCUUCCCGAUGGAUGCAAGACUGACAAAUGGCCGCUGAUCUCGUUGACUCAACAGGACUUUUUGUUACGUUGGAUAUUUUACGCGUUUGGGGAGCUUUUUUCAAAAGCCGUGAUGAAGCUCCACACGAUCUGGCUGGAUAUGAGUCACCGACCGGAGGGGGUAACUUUGUUGAACUUCGGCGAGGCACUUGAGAAGAACCUACGCGCCAUUCGGCGGACGUGCCAGGGUGCCAGCACACUCGACCGUCUGGAAGAUUUUGCGGCCCUGAUGGGUGUUGACCCCGAUAAGUGGAGCACCGCGGUGGCGGGCUACUACAGUGACUGCUGCAACUCGCUCAGUGAAACAACUGCAGCCAUGAUUCUGAGCGUCAUGUCUUACACCCGAAGUGUUGAAUACUCUUCCCGCCCACCGGAUUUUUGAGUCAUACUCUGACGAAAACAAUGAUGAUGAUCCGUUAAAAAAGUAAAACGAAAUCAACAAUGAAAUAUAGAAGGAGGGUGGACGUAGACGUCGAGUAGGCGAAGAUGGAGCCCAUUGUGAUAAUCGUAGACUUUUGUUGCCUUCAUGCAUUCGAAAUCGUGCGGGCUUCACGCAAAGACUUACUUUUCUUUGCGUUUUGUCUGCAUUUGUGGUGACAGACAACUGUACUUUGAGGAGAUUGCUUCUCCUAGAAGACACCUUCCUCUACUUGCACUCCGCGCCAACAUUCUAUAUUCAGUUUUAUAUGUUAUUUUUUUACGUAGAAUGUGAUACCUCUGCGCAGGGAGUUGAUUUUUCGAGACCGACAAUUCUCAAUUUGUUUUUUGCACGACAAAGCGAAAGCUUUAUAUGCGAGAUUGUCGUGAAGCGUGCCGUCACGUCAUGAGUUCGUGAAGAAACCAACGCGCAUUUUUUCAACAACGAGAAUGUACUUUUUUUGCAUCCUCUUUCUCUCGAGAUCAUGGCAUUGAGGAAC